AUGCGGUACUUUACGCGACGUUAUUCCACUCUUCGAUGGCUGGUGCUUCGACCAUUUGCUUCUUUGCGUUGUGAUCAAGAAUGUAUCCAACACCCUUGUCAGGAGGAGUCUCCAGGGCAUGAGUGGGACACAUUGGUUUCGCUUUUGUUCAUCGAUGCCGUCAGGGAACUCCGCCAUAUCGUUGACAAGCUCAGUGAAAGCAGCUGGGUAGAAUUUAUUGAGCGUUGGAGGAUGGAGCACCAUGUAAAGCUGCUCAUGGUGGCGUUGCAAAGUGAGUGUGGCUCCAGCACAGGAUUGAGUGGCAUCCCUGCAGUUUGCUGCGAUGAACUUAAGGGGGCCGCAAAAGAGGAGGUGGGUGAAGGCUAUGAUGGGCUAUGCUGGGGAAGCAGACUACCGCGGAGCGUUUUAACGUUGCUAUCAUGUACUGCAUUCCUGUGUCUGCAUGUCGACCAGCCGCUUGUCGCCAUUUCACUUGCAGACGUCUGUGCAACCUACCACUGCCUCUGCGUUGCCGCAAUUGCUGAGGAGGAAAAUUGCCGACGACGCACUAUCCUGCAGGCGUGGGGGAAAGAGUUUGAUGCCCUGCAGCACCUGGAGCGGCAAGGUGUGGCUCGUGUUGCUCUACAGCACCAGGAACGUCUUCAGCGGGAAAUAGUGGUGUUGCACGAGUUCUCCACCUGGAUGAGGCUCGCCCAAUCUGCCUGCUCACGGAGCCCUCCAAGAGGUCAAAACUACUUUGGGGUUCUUGUGCCUUCAUCGUUGCAUCUUCACUCACUCAUUCUUCAUGAGGAUUUCUUUUCCACCAGCAGUGAAGGUGUUUUGUUGCCCUCCCCGUCACCGCGAGUGGCGAUGGCGGCUGCGGCGGCUCAGGCGUCAUUUUCGCAGUCCACUUUGCCUUGGCGUCGAGAUGGCAUGCAGCAGCGAUUGAAGGCGUUUUUUGGGCGUAUGUCCGCGCACCAGCAGCGCGACAAAGUGGGCCCAGAAGUGGGGCGAGCCGUGUCGUUGCCACAGGCCUGGGGGUGCAGUCGCAUUUAUCCUAAGGAAUAA